AUGGAUGUCUUGGCUAGUUAUAGUAUAUUCCAGGAACUCCAGCUUGUCCACGACACCGGCUACUUCUCAGCUUUGCCAUCCUUGGAGGAAAACUGGCAGCAGACAUGCCUGGAGUUGGAGCGAUACCUUCAGACUGAACCGCGGAAGAUCUCUGAGACCUUUGGUGAGGAUUUGGACUGUUUCCUUCAUGCCGCCUCAGCCCCAGAUGCAGAGGACAAUAUCCGACGGCUGGACCCCGUCCUUUUACCUGUGGAGACAAGUACGUGUGACAAAAGCACCAAUGUGGACAUUAUUCUCUCACGGGACAAGCUGCUGUCUGAGACAUGCCUCAGUUUGCAGUCCACCAGCUCUUCCACAGAAGGCUACACAGCUGUCAACCAGGCCCAACUCAAUGCAGUAACCUCAUUGACACCCCCUUCCUCCCCAGAGCUCAGCCGCCACCUUGUAAAAACCUCACAGACUCUCUCAGCGGUGGAUGGCACGGUGACGUUGAAACUGGUGGCCAAGAAAACUUCACUCAGCUCCGUGAAAGUGGGUGUAGUGACAGCAACCGCGGGGACAAUAAAAACUGGGCAAAGUGACGGUGAGCACGUUGGUACAGGGGCAGAAGCAUCCCCAGAAAACAAGAAGAGGGUUCAUCGCUGUCAAUUUAAUGGGUGCCGGAAGGUUUAUACAAAGAGCUCCCACUUAAAGGCUCACCAGAGGACUCAUACAGGUGAGAAGCCUUACAAGUGCUCGUGGGAAGGGUGCGAGUGGCGUUUUGCACGGAGCGACGAGCUCACGAGGCAUUACAGAAAGCACACGGGUGCAAAGCCCUUUAAAUGCAACCAUUGUGACAGGUGUUUUUCCAGGUCUGAUCACCUUGCCCUCCACAUGAAAAGACACAUCUAAAUAUCAGUCAGCUUGGCAUGGAUGUCAUCUGAGCUCAGUGUUGUGAGAUGAAAGUGGGACUCAAGUUUCAAGGCGCUACCUUGCAGGAGAAGAGAACUUGAUCACGUGUAAUCCUCUGUACAGAGACCACACGCUCACACUGUCAUGCACCUGAUUAUACUUCAAUACGUACAUCAGUUCUUCAUGCCUUGCCCCAGCUGGAUGGGAGAAGAUGCAGGCGAGGAAAUGGUAUAGAGUGAUCUUCAGAACUCCUUGUCUCCACCUGGAUAUCCGUCUGGGACUGGCCACACAGGCAUGACUACAGGAUUCCUUCCACAUCAUCUCUACACUGGCUUCAGUGGCAAGAUUUAGCACUGCAAGA